CAGACUUAGAGGUAAGCAAUCUGACUUUAAACAGCAGGACAGCUCAGAAUGGUGCAAAGGAUGUCGCACUGAUUCAGCACAAGACAGGUCUGCUGUUUUCUUGUACUCUUAGGUUAAUAGUGUGUGGUUUAAAAUCAUUUGUUUAGUGUUUUGAAUCUAGAGUGGUCCAUUAGAUGUCCCCUUUAUUGUUACAGGAACAUUCAAGCUCAAAGCUGGGUUGGCACAAAUGGCAAAAGGUGGAAUUAUAAUGGAUGUCACUACAGCCGAACAAGCCAGGAUAGCUGAAGAAGCAGGGGUACGACCCAUAGCCUUAGGCCCUAAUAUCCACUUUAAUUUUCUCCAUACUGCAGGUGCAGCUAAUGGCAGUUGUUAGCAAAUCCAAAAUACUGCUCUAAAACAUCCUGGAAAGGUCUUUAAAGAAUAAUAUUGUGUUUUUUGAAGUUGUUGGCAGAAAGUAAGCUGGUUAACACAUGUUGUGCUUAAUAAUGCUAGGAUGAGCAAUGAUGCUACUUGUCUACAGGUGGUGUCUAAGUUAUGUGUGCUCUUGACAAGCAGUCUUCGAUCUUUUCUAGGUUCUUGCUCAGAAAUUUGGAUUAUCACAGUGUUUAUAGUGGUAGUUUGUAGGUUGAAUAAUAUUAUGAUCUUUGCAGGCUUGUGCUGUGAUGGCCUUGGAGAGAGUUCCAGCAGAUAUCCGUAAACAGGGAGGAGUGGCAAGGAUGACAGAUCCUAAGGUACACUAUAUCCUGUUCUAUUUUUUUUUUAAUAGUCAAGAAUUACGAUCAUUUUACGUUUCUGGGAAACUGCCCACCUACCCCUCCCCCAAGCCAACAUUAACACUUACUUCUCACUUAGGGCAAAAUGCUGGUUUAGGGGAGGGGUAGGUGGGCAGUUUGCCGGAAAUGUAAAAUGAUCCAAGAAUUAUCAGGGGGUAAGGUAUGAGAGGUUUUUCUCCAGGUUCUUCGGUUCCUCCUUCUCCUCAAAAACCAACUUUUCCAAAUUUGAAUUUGACUUGGAAUGGUAGAUGAAGAACCACUUUGUGGAUGUGCUACUUCAUUUAUUUCCAUAGGAAAAUGCUCUAGGAAUGCACUAUUUAUAUAUUUUCAUGGACAUUUUUAUGGUCCAUGUUACCUGCAGUGCUGUGUUUUCACAGCCCAACUUUGCUUAUUGUAACAUUUUGCUGUUUGGUUUUCAGAGCUUGGUUAUGCUCCAGUCUGUGCUUUAUAUUUUUUAUUAGUAUGAAAAGAGAAAUGCAAAAUUGAUAACAGAAGCUUGGGACAGUUAAGAGUCUUGUCAAACCAUAAUGGUCGCACAAUAAAGACUGUCCUGAAAAUCCAGCAAUCUUACUAGCAGAUAGUCUUUUUACCUUCUUGCUUCAACCCGUUAUUUUAUUUUUACCCAUAUGUUUUUCUUUUUUGUUUUACUUUCACGACUUGUAGCUAACAAAGGAAAUCAUAAAUGCAGUUACCAUACCUGUGAUGGCCAAGGCCAGGAUUGGACAUUUUGCAGAGGCGCAAAUCUUGGAAGCAAUUGGUGUUGACAUGAUUGAUGAGUCAGAAGGUGCAAGCUUCUAAUACAUUUUGUAUUUAAAAUAAUGUAAUGUUGUUCCUGAAAACAACAAAACAAUAUUCUCUAGCCAGAUAAACUGACAAGAAAAUGUAGGGUAAAUUAGCCCUCUAGCCUCUAAUUUUACUUAUCAUAAUAAUAUCAUUGUGACACCUACACCGACUUAGUGAUAAUAGGAUGUCUCCUCAUGGAGUUAUAUAAACCCUUGAGCACCCUUGUCCUCAAAUGGAAAUUGAAUCAACAAAUAAAAGUUAUCUGUAAUUUCAUAUCAACAGUAUUGACCCCUGCUGACGAAUCACACCAUAUCGACAAACACAAGUUUACAGUUCCUUUUGUCUGUGGAGCAAGAGAUCUAGGAGAAGCUCUCAGAAGGAUUGCAGAGGGUGCAGCCAUGAUCAGGACAAAAGGACAAGCAGGAACAGGUGGGAACUGAACAGCAUAAUCCAUGUGGAUAGUAUUGAGCUGAACUCAAUCAUUUUCUGUGUUGGUGUCUUGUGUUAAAGUACGUUAUUUGUGUAGCUUAAAUCAUUCCUCAGGUUAAUUCAUUAUUUCACCUAGAUGUACCAGUAGUGGGGUACUGGUUUGACCCAAGAACUGAUUUUAGCAACAACAGACACAUCUCCAUCAUCCUUGUAGCUUCCAGUGCAAAUGGACACUUUUUUGGUGAUAUUCAACGGCCAAACCAAUUACCUAUGAACUUAUCUGAAUGAUGUCAGCAAUUGGAGGCUUUAAUCUUCGGGCAAUUUUAUUGUCCCUUUUUGGCCAGGAUGCUUCAACAGCUUGCACUUGUCUAUUAAGAACCCUUAUCAAUCCCUUACCCGACAAAAGGGCUAAACCCCUCACCUCUGGCCUCUCACGAUUCUGAGUCCAUUAGGAGUUUCCUGCAGGCCUACACUCAAAAAACCAUAUUUUGAAAUGUUUGCUGAAAAUCAGUCUUGUAUCUUUAAAAUAAGUGCUUACUGUAUUUCCUUGAAUAAUAGCUGUCGCUCGCUCGAUAAAUUAAUUGCCUCCCUCAAAUAAUCACCCCCCCCCCCUUUGAUGGAAAUAUUUGAAAUAAUGGCCUCCCUCGAAUAAUAAUAUUGCCCAUCCCCACCCAGCUCGCCAUCUUCUCUUUCUUUUGCCUCCUCCCUGUCAAGUUGAAGUUGAAUCUUAUCAAGCACAACUGAUCAGUGACGAUCCGAGCUCUGAAAGUUAAUCAAGGGACUAAAUUUGAAACACUUAAAAAAGGCCAUGUUCAGUUUAUUUGAUGAGAUAAUUUUUUUGAUUUAAUGGGAUAAUGAAACAAAAUAUUUAGGGUAUGACUUCCAGUGAGUAAUAUUUGAAAUGGUCGCCUCCCUCGAAUAAUCACCUUCCCUCAAAUAAUGACCCCGGCUUGUGAUGCGAAAAAAAAAUCUCCCCUGAAUAUUGCACAAGGAAAUACAGUGUAUGUUUUCAGUUAUUUCUUUCUAAGAUGGACAGUCCUUUGGACUUGUACUAAGUGUCCAUCCUGAGAGGUAUCUGCUUUAUAAGUUAGUUAGUUUUGUUGAACACUUGCUUGGACAGCAUGGAUUCUCCCUCACCAGCCACUUUGGUCUAGCAUUGUCAUUCUGAGUUCUCCAGUAGUGACAAAUCCGAUGUCCUCAAGCAGAAUGUGUAUGUACAUGGUCCUAAGUCUUCCUCUCUUAGUUUGUCUUUGUUGUGGCUGUGACAACACAAAAAAUCUGCUAUUUAAGGUGUUACGAAAGGCUAAAAAGCAUGCAAAAAAGGGUAUUUUUGACUGCUUUCUUUAAAAAUAGGGGGAAAAUGGUAGGACAAGUUGUUAAUUAAGUAUUUUUUUGUAAAGGUCUGAACGGCAGAGAUCAUUAUUAAGUGUCAGUUACAUGGACUUGUCUGUUUGAAAGACUGCUGUCCAGUAUUAAAAAGAAAGAGUCAACUGUUCAACUAAUUAAUAGUGGUGGAAUUGUAGUUUUUGAUUUUAAACAUCUCUUUUUCGACUUAAAGGUGAUGUUGCUGAAGCUGUUCGUCAUGCCAGAACCAUUCGCAGUCAGAUUCGUCACGCUCAGUCACUAGACUCUGCUGAACUGUUCUCUUAUGCAAAAGAACUAAGAGUACCAUUUGAGCUCCUUCAGAAGACUGCUCAGAUGGGUCGGUUACCAGUUGUCAACUUUGCUGCUGGAGGUCUUGGUAAGUAUGGUAUUGUAGGUUCUGAUUUUCUUCUGCGAGUCACUCGUAACACUAUCACUGACUGAAUAAAAAUCAUUCUCAUGUAUUCACCUGGCUAAAUAAAUUUUACCGUCGCGUUUUAUUUUAUAUCAUUAAUAUUUUGGCAUAUGCCACCUAUCGGAAAUACAGUCCUGGCAGUAUGCAGGUCAUGUAGCUCCAAGUACUGGCAACCGAGCCCUGGUUCUUCAAACACUGGUAAAUACGUGUUAUCCAAAAGAUAAAACACACAGGUUCACAUCCUACAUAAUGUAUGCUGAUGUUCUAGCCAGUGAACAUGGUGUGCACUGGUCCAAAAAAGAAAAAUCCAGCUGUCUUUUCAGCAGUAUUAACUAAAUUGACUCUGCUCUGACUCUCUUUUAAGUUGCAUAUUUAACUGCAGUGAUCGUCUCUGCAUUUUUUGGUCAGGCAAAGUGGCCGAGUGGUUGGAGCACUAUGGACUUGUAAUUCGGAGGCCCAAAGUUCAAGUCCAGCCCUAACUGCAGGCUGGAUUUGUUCACGGUAGUCUCGAGUUCAAAUCCUCAACCGCGCUUGUAAAAAUUAAUAGCCAACUAGUUUGUUGCCUCCUACCAGUUGGGAUUUUUAACCAUGUUAUGUUAAAUUUAAUUUAUUUGUUUCAUUAUCCCUAAAAAGCUCCAUAAGGGGAGAGGAUAAUUAAAGUAUUAUUAUUAUAUUAUCCCACAUUUCAAACAUAGGAAAUUCAUAUUGUGUCAUUAUUUUCACCUAUCUUUCUUGGGGCCGUUUAAGGUGCCAAUUUAAUGACCAGCUUCCGGUUGGCUUGCUCGCUCAGUUGGUUAGAACACUGCACAGGUAUCACAGAGGUUAGGGUUUGAUUCCCAGAAAGCCUGAAUUUUUUCCAGGCUUUCUUUUGGCUACUGCAUAGGUUGUGUGUCUUCUCUGCAUUUAUUUAGUCAUCCCACAGUUCAAAUACACAUGUGUAUAGAAUUUAUAUAUUCAUCAUUUCAAUUACUUAAAUAAUUGUAGUCUGGUUUGUAGAAAACUGCACAGCAGUUGGAUUGCUAUUUUUUUUACUGUUUUAAUUAUUUUUGUUUUGUUUUGUUUUGUACAGCCACACCAGCUGAUGUGGCACUGUUGAUGCAGCUUGGUGUAGAUGGAGUGUUUGUUGGGUCAGGAAUAUUUAAGAGUGACAAUCCUAAGAAGCGAGCUUGGGCUAUGGCUCAAGCUGUUACUCAUUACAACAAUCCCAAGAAGCUUGCUGAGCUGAGUGAGGAUUUGGGGGAAGCUAUGUUCGGAACACCUGUCAGCAAUAUUGCACAGAAGUGAUGUCUCUGCUUUGACACUAUUCUGAAAAAAUGGUGCUAAUCACUAAAUGGGUGAACUACAGUGGACAUAUUUUAACGAGAUUAUUUUGUGCACCAUGUUAUUACAUGGAUAUUUAAUAUUAUUUUUUCUGACGAAGGGAAUGGCAAUUUUGGAGAAAGUAUUAAGUUAAUGGUUUUUAUUACACAAUUAGCAAUUCCAUUACUCGUGACCUUCAUCUCACAUAAAAACCUAGUGCCUGCAAAUACAUUUCAUUGUAACCCAUUCUGCAAAGCAUCAGAUUGCAUGAGGCUUACAGUGGGACUAAUUAUUAAAAUGAAGUUUUGCCAAUGUUAAACAAAACCAUGUCUUGAGCCAAUUACAGUUUUCCCAACACUUUUAUGUAAAGUCUAUUUAUCAUGAAAAGUUUCUUGAGGCGAUAUGGGGUGGACAAGAGAAACAUUUACCUUCUAAAAAUAACCCACCAAUGAUUUUUUUUAACCAUUGUCCAAGUUAGACGUUGUUUAAAUAACUGGCUCUAAGAGAUCAAGUUGAAGAGUAUAUGAAGUUGGUAGUGGGGUGGGGGGUGGGGAUAGAAGAGCUCAGAAGUUCUUUUGCUUUCUCAUGCUUAUAGUAGUUGGAGGAAAUCUCCAGCCCCUAGCCCUAAGUGGCAGGCCUGUUAAUCACAGAGGGUAUUCUUUGUAUGCAGAUCUUUGCAACUGCUACAUUAUUUUGCCAGUAAAUAAUUAUAACUACAAAGAGAUAGCUGUAUUUGUAGGCUUCAUCACUGGUACCAAUGACUCAAUCACACUCCAAUAAAUUGAAAAGUCGCCUCUUUAUUUACAUCUUUCAUAGUAAUAAUUUAUGGUAAAAAGAACAAUAAACUAUGACUAGUAUUUAUCUACUAAUCCUAAUGCCUACCUCUUGGUGAAUCAGUUAGUUUUAAAAUGUCCUCUCUUAAAUAUGUCUUUUUAACUAAUAAAUGUGGUUUUAUUUCUUAAAAAAGCUGUG